AUGAACUCCGUCCCUAUCUCAGCCACUAGGCCUACAACCGGCAUCCGCGUUGCUCAGGUCGUUGGCCUCACCGCUUCGGCCUACCUUGCUGGCGCUCUCGGAGGCUUCAGCGUAGUUGCCGGACCGGCUUUGCUUAAAGCGCCUGCUCCUUUGCUUGCCAAACAGUGGCAGACAGUCUACGACAAUGGCAAAGUAAUGGCUCCACCAUUGUCUGUCCUAUGCUCUGCCAUCUUCGGCUAUCUCGCAUACAGAGAGCCCACUGCAUCUUCCAGCUUCAAGCUCUAUACGGCUGCAGCCAUCGUGGUCCCAAGUAUGAUUCCAUACACAGUCUUCUUCAUGGGAGGCGUGAACAGCAAGCUUCAAGAGAAAGCUUCAUCACUGGCCGAUGCCUCUUUGACCGACACGGCGGUCGAGUCAGGUGUGGCUCAGGGCGAAACAGUCCACCAGCUUGUCGACAAGUGGCUCACUCUCAAUCUCGCUCGCUCCCUACUUCCUCUCUUCGGAACUCUGGCAGCUGGAUGGGCAAUCGCCGACAAGUUCGAAGUCCUCGGCCUCGGCGCAGUCCUCAAGACUGGUGCCGACCGUAUGGGGUAA